AUGUCGGUGCAAACUAAUUUGUCGACCACAGAAAUUGAACGAUCUCUUAAGGAAAAUGAAGAAUCCUUACAUGAGAUUAGGGAACUCUUGGUCCUUAGCCCGGAAGAUCCGGAAUUGAAAAAUCUUGCUGAAGAUUUACAAAGUAUGAUGGAGGUUCAACGGCAACAGUUAUUACUAUCGAAAAAAAAAGACCUACUCGCACUUAUUGGCUGUCCAGCAGAAACUUUACACGACGACAUAGGAAACACGAUCGAAACUCAAAGUGACAUACAGACGUAUACUGAAGAGAAUUUCAUCAACUCCAAUACCGAUACGGAUUCCUUACAGAUUGGUGACAAAUGUUGCAUUCCAUUUACUCAUCCGGAAUAUCAAAAAGUCUAUUUCCUUCCCGGAUUAAUACAAAGCAUUAAUUCUGAUGCCAACACUCGUAAUAUUUUGAUAUUGACGCCUAUUACUCCAUCCACUCGUGUGUGUAAAAAAUAUUUAUCUAAUCAAUGUGUAUCGCCAUGUCCUCGCGGAUAUUCUCAUGGUGAAGAAAUUUCAUCAGAUCUUGUUGCUCCGUAUGAAUUGCUCCAUAUUGGUCAAAUAGAUGCAUAUAAAGUUGGAAGUAGUUGCUGGGCUAAAUAUGAAAAUGACGUAUGGUAUAUGGCAAAGCUUGUUGGUAUCGAAGCUGGUGGCCAUGGCUUUAGAGUGAUUUAUAAAGGAUAUGAGAAUGAACAUCCUCACGGGAUAGUGGUAGGCCCCGAUGAGAUAAUACCAGUACGAGGACUUCAUGAUAUGGAAGAUGAUAAUGAAGACAAUGGGGGUGACAAUUCUAGUCAAAGCGAUUACUCCAAUUACGAAAGUGAUAGUUUUAGUGAUGAUAUUGACUUACCGUCCAAAGAACCUAAAGAUUUUGAAGACAUUCAUAUAUUCGAUUCAUCUAAUGAUGAAAUUCGUUUCGCAGAAUGGGAGAAACAUACUAAAGGUAUUGCAUCCAAGCUUAUGGCCAAAAUGGGUUACAAAAUGGGUGAAGGAUUGGGUAAGAAUAGUAAUGGCAUAAUAGAUCCUAUUGAAGUGAAGAUCUAUGAUAAAGUAAUAUCAUUGGAUUACAUCGAUGGACAAGAAAAAACUGGUCCUCAUCGACACAAAAAUCGUAAAUCCCAUGACCCGUCGAUUCAAUCAAAACGCCGUAGAUCUCGCAAACGAAAUGCAACAAAGGUUGAUUCAUCCAAUAGUGUUGAAAUUUUUGAAUUACAACAUCCAACUGUUUUUGACUACCUGAAUUCAUCUCUUAACAAAGGUGGUGGAAAUCAGAGCACUCACGUAUCUCAACGCCCUCGCAAUUCCUCUGAAACUAAUCACAACAUAGCAUUAUACCAGAUACAACAACAAUUAAACCAAACCAAUAGAGAACUUCAAAAGGCUAAGGAAUCAUUGCAAAGAAAUGAAAAGAAGGAUCCCACAAUGGCUAAACAUUUUAGAGAAAAAAUUAGUCAAAUUGAAGUAACAUGGCAAGCAUUGAAAAGGAAAGAACAGGAAAUCCAGAAUGGGAUUGAUAAGGCAAAAGGCCGUAAAAAAAUGACAGUAUUUUAA